AUGCAAAUGUGGAACGACCUGGAUGCGUUCUUCCAGCAGGUCGAAGCGACACCGACCGUUCGCGCGGUGGUUAUCCGUGGUGAAGGUCGGGGAUUCUCGUCCGGCAUGGACUUGCAAGUUUUUGCUGCAAUGCAAGAAGUCAUUAGCGCCAUUCCUUGCGAUGCCAAGAAGCGAGGGCAUCUCAUGCAAUUGAUUCGCCGCUUCCAACACAUCGUGUCCGCCCCCGAACGCUGCCGUGUCCCUGUGAUUGCUGCUGUGCAUGGAAUCUGCUGGGGAGGAGCGGUGGACUUCAUCACGGCGUGCGACUUGCGUCUUUGUGAUUCGAGCGCGGACUUUUCCGUGAAGGAGAUCGACUUGGCCAUCGUGGCAGAUGUCGGGACGUUGCAACGCCUUCCACUUCUGGUGGGGGAGCAGCGCGCCAAGGAGUUGUCGUACACAGGUCGAUCUUUCUUUGGCACGGAAGCCGAACGUAUGGGCUUUGUUCUCAAGUCUCACGUGGACUCUUCGGCUCUCUUUUCAGACGCAGCAGCCCUUGCAGCGACCAUCGCAUCCAAGAGUCCGGUCACCAUUCGUGGGAUCAAGAAGACAAUCCAGUACCGCCGCGAUCACACGACGGAAGAUUCGCUGCGCCAAGUCGAACUUUGGAACGCUGCCAUGCUGCAGAGUGAGGACCUCGUCGAAGCAUUCACGGCCAUGGCUUCGAAGAAAUCUCCUCAAUUUCACGAUUAAUGCACC